ACCGAAUCAGGACUAGGACAACAAAUUUCCCACGAGUCGGCCGCAUAUAAACACACAAACAACAACAGUGUUGAAAUUUCGAAUUGUGACAACAAUGCGCAUUUUCCCAAGCACAAUACAGCACAUGCUGGAGGCUCGACAUCACUUCGUUUUUCGAACUUCGUUGUACUAAAAUAGCGGCACACAGCGCACCGUGCGCCAGCAGCAUAUAAAAUACGAUUGCGCCCACCGAAGCCGAAGUGCAUCGAAAUUUACGUUUGUCGCAUAAAAUGCGACAAUUGUCGUAGGGCAAUUUCAGUAUACGAAAGUUAUUUGCUGCUAUCGCACUCACGUCGUUGGUGGUGGCGAUUUUGGUGUGUUUGGAGGUCGCGUACGCGUCGAUUGUCGUUGUCGUGGUCGUCGGUGCACAAAACAGCGUGUAUGUUCGUGUGUGUAGAUACUAUUUGACAGCAAAGUGUUUGUCGGUGAAGCGGCGAAGUGACAAAAACAUACGAUAAAAUAUUGAAUGCCAGUUAGUUUGGUAGUAUGCGGUUGAUGUAAUAGCGGUACGGAGUGUUUUUGUUUGGAAAGGAAAGUGUUUGGCAUUAUUGCUGGUGGAAAGGUUGAUAUAUGUUGGCGAGUUCAACUCUUGGUUGGUGUACAUUUUGGGUAAUGAAAUAAUGGCAUAAAGAAAAUUUUAUUGAAAAUUCUAUUGAGAAAAUAUUGGAAAAGUAAAAAGUGCAAGAAAGUAACUACGGAAAAGAAAAAGUGAAAUUUCGCAAAGCGAAAAAAAAAGUUAAAAUAUUGAAGGAAGUGAAAAAAAUAUUUGAAAAAUGAUAAAUAAAUGAAGAAAUACAAAAUAAUUAAAACUGAUUAUGCUUGCAAAAUAACAACAAAAACAAUAUAUUUUUAGUGAAAAUGGUACUACAAAGGCAAUGACUUCCUAAAUACUCAACCAAUCAAUACAAACCGAAAGUGUUUUUGAAAGCUUCAUCAUUAAUUGAUUUUCCUUCUCAAUAAACAAAAAGGAACAAUAAAAAGAAAUAGCAAAAACAAAGAGAAAUAAUAAAAACAAAAAAUAUUUUUCCAACUCAGAAAACUGCAAAAGCAAUCACAGCUGAACAACUAAUUGCUUGAUUGAUUACUUAAUUGAUUGAAUGCUUGUUUUUAUGAUUUGCGCUUCAAUCAGCUGAAUGAUGUAUCAUAAAAGUAUAACGUGAAAAGUGAAGAUGUAAACAUCAACUGCACAACAACAGCAAUGCUGUGUAGUGAAUACUUUCGCUUGCUAACUAUGGCCGAGUUAGCCGGUGCCAACUUUUGUGCAAGUUAUGUGUGUGAACAAGUGCUUUGUGUUUAUUGAAUUGGAAGUUGUGGCAGUAAACAAAAAUAUUUUGUGGGAAGCCGCUAAGUUGCGCAACAAACUUAAGCGUGGAGGAGAAGUAAGCUAAGUUUGGAAUUUAUUAAGUGUUUACAACUGGAAUUUAUAGCGGAAACCUUGCGAAAUUCACAACAGCAACAACGAUAUAAAUAAAUGACUGAAGCAACCACCUAACGGUCCGCACGUGCACUCACACGUGCAUAUUUGUACUCAUUUGUUUGUUCGCUAUCGCUAAAGAAAAAUCCAUAAAUUUGAGCGCACAUAAAAAUAACUCAUAAAAAUUAUGUCUGGAAUACAAUAAGCAGCAACAACAGCGAACAGCGAUCAAAGGUGAAAAAGCCAAUAAAAUGCCAAAUUAUCGUUUCUACGAAUACCAAACAAAAAAGCCGUUAUAUUUUGUGGCUGCCGUAAAUUGAAUCGCCAAUAUUUUUACGCUGCUCUUUGAUAAGAAUUUAUUGGUCUACUUUUACUGUGGCUGCAUAAACAACGGCAUUUAGCCACCCACAGGCACGCACAAGUGCCAAUAAACCUAGAAUUACAAUUGAAAACGAAUACUCGCACCAAUUGCGAUGCUAAAAAUACGAAAUGCGGGCAUAAAUUUAGAUUGAGUGGACUUGCGCAAGUAUAUUGAGACAUAAUUACGGUGAAAAUAAUAAUGACGAGUGCAAACAAUUGAGCAGCGGCAGAUAAGUGUGGCUCGUUAUUGAAGUGAGUUAAAGAUAGAGUAAAAGUGAGAAGAAAGUACAUAAUUCAUAGAAAAAUUAAUCUGGAAAAUUAAUAUAAAAAAUAUUCGUGAAGUAUUUUGCGUAAAAAUACGCCAAGUGUUAGGGUACAGUGUUCAAAGAGUGUUUAAUAGAAGUGCAAAAUAUUUGAAAUUUUAACCAGUGCAUAAAUAGUGUUUGUUAAAAUAGUCUUAAUAUCAAUGUGGACAUUCGGUACUCGGCUCAGCAACACACAUGCGCAUUUGCAACAUUAUGGAGGCGUGUUUGGUGGCUAAUCAUUUAAUGAUGGCACAUCAACGUCCACAAUUGCUCAUAAUCUCCAUCUCCCUGCUUUAUUGGUUCCGUCACACGGGUGAAUGUUGGAAAUUCGAUGGCGGCGGUCCGGGUGCACUCGGUCCUGGCACGCAUAACCCACCUGCCCUCAAUGCGCCCACAUUUAUUGCCACCUACACACAUUUGCGUGCGCCACGUAGCGCUUCGGCGUCAGCUGCGGCUGUGGCGGCGCGCGGUCCACCGCCAGCUGUGCCGCCACCGAGUGGGAAUGGUGGCGUUAUGGCAGGUGGUAGCUUCUCGGCGCUACUAAAUGGCCAACAACAGGAUAUAUUGUAUGCGUGUCCGCUGAAUAGUAUGUGCCAGUGUGCUGGGUUGCCGAAUGAGACGUCGACACUGAUCGAAAUCAAUUGCAACGAAGUGGCGCUGUAUAAGUUUCCAGAAUUCAUACACAGUUCCGUGCGUUACAUUGAAAUGUCACGCACACAUCUGCAAAGUGUCGACGAUGAAACAUUUCAGGGACUCAGAUUGAAGACAUUGAAAUUGAUCGAUAACGAAUUGCAGGACAUUUCGGAGCGCAGUUUCAGUACAAUGACUCACUCGCUUAUGACACUGGACAUCUCCGGCAAUAAAAUGCAGCACAUACCGCUGGAUGCAUUACAGAAAUUGCAUUCGUUAACACGACUUGUGGCGCAAAGGAACCACAUCACCACACUGGAGGGCAACUGGGAGGCGCUUUUCGACACGCUGCGCUCGCUACAUCUCUCCGGCAACGACAUCACCGAGGUAUCACCGUUUGGCCUGCACGAAAACGGCAACGGAUUGAAUGGUGGCAACGGUGGCGUCAACAGUCAUCCCUCCAGUUUGGCGGCCAUCACGCGUCAUGAUGAGCUGGCCACGACAAAAAGUGCGCAUAACAGCGCGCGAAAUACGCUGACGGAAUUGAGUAACGCAGCGGGCCAUACGCCGGGUACGAGUAAUCACAUUGCGCCCACUAAACUCUUCAGUCGACUGCAAAAGUUGCUCUGGCUGGACUUGUCGAAUAACCGCAUAUAUCACAUAGCGCCCAACUUUCUACCACGCUCGCUAGUCACCAUCGAUCUCUCGAGCAAUUUGCUCACCGUGUUUCCACAGCAACUCUUCGAGCAUUUGCAUGGGUUGCGCAUUGUGUCGCUGCGUGACAAUCUGCUGCGUAGUGUGCAGACGAAGGAGUUGCGACUCGUGCGCAUGCGAUUGGAGAAGCUCGAUUUGGGUAUGAACUUGGUGGAGACGCUGGAGUCCGACUGGUUUCAGAACAACUACUCGGACGUACAUGUGCGCGCGCUGAAUCUGGAGAAGAAUUUCAUACGACAGCUGCCACCGGCGGUGUUCAAGGGCACCGGUAUAGUACACCUCGUUUUGGCUUUCAACGCCAUCGAACGCAUACACGUGAACGCCUUUGAGGGCAUCACCGAGACGCUGGAGUACUUGGAUUUGGAGCGUAAUGAGCUAAAUGCUGUACCAGGCGCGAUCAGCACGCUGCAUAAGCUGAAGUAUCUUUACCUGGCGUCGAAUAAUAUCUGCCAAUUAACCAAUCUACCCGAAAAUACGGAGAAUCUGCGCGUACUCAGCUUGAGUGGCAAUAAUUUUACGAUGAUCCCCGUGCUGGCAUUGCGUAACUACACACAGCUGUCAUACCUCAAUAUGGGUUAUAAUCUCGUAUCGGACAUACCAGAAGGCAUAUUCGCGGUAGACAAUUGGGGCGCCAAUCUGCAGACGAUACUGCUGCGUAAUAACAAAAUCACACACUUGCAUUUGGGCUCAUUUUACGGUUUGGAGCAAAUACAGGAAAUCAGUUUGAGCUUCAACGACAUCAACAUACACCACCCUAUGGUGUUUGAGAAUGUCUCACGCACUCUAAAAAUACUCGAACUCUCAUUUGCGGUCUUCCCGGCGCGCAGCUUGGAGUCAAUCGAUCCACUCGAAGCGCUGCUGCCGCUCUCACAGCUAAUGUGGCUCGGUUUGGACAAUAAUAACCUGAAGACACUUUCUAAUGAAUCCUUUGCUUAUAUGCGUGAACUGAGCUACAUCAAUUUGGCAUUUAAUCAACUUAAACAGCUGCCGCGUGGACUCUUCCUACCCGACGUGCAUAGCCAUUUAGUGGAGAUCGAUCUCUCGUACAACGCUUUGGAGGUUAUCUCACGCACUACCUUCCAUAGUCUGGGUGAUUUGCAGACGCUCAAUUUGCAAUCGAACAAGCUGAGGUUGCUCGAGAAGCAUGCCUUCCACAACUUGGAGUUUCUGCGUUACAUCGACUUGUCCUACAAUCAAUUGGCGAAUAUUUCGCAUGGCGCAUUCACGGUUUUGCCCAAUCUUGCUGCGCUGGAUUUGAUGCACAAUAAUUUAGGUACACUCUCGCUUAAAAUGUUCCAUUUCGUCUCAAAUACCAGCACGCCGCUGCGCCUGAAUGUCACCUACAAUCAGAUUGCACACUUCGAAGACGAACUCAGCUCGUACAUGUAUAUCUACAAUCUGGAUAUUAGCCACAACGCCAUUAGCAAACCGGAGAGCUUUGCGAAUCUUGCGAAUACGCUGCGUUUUCUCAAUCUCGCACACAAUACUAUCGGCAGUCUCGCCAAUCACGCUUUCGGUGAUUUGGAAUUCCUUGAGAUACUUAAUCUCGCUUACAAUAACAUUACGACCUUGCGUCGCCGCAGUUUUCAGGGUUUGAAUAGCCUGCAAGAGCUGGAUCUCGGCUACAAUGGGCUCGAGCAACUGCAGGUUGAACAGUUUUCGAACUUGCGUAAGCUGCGCAUACUGCGUGUACGUGGUAAUCGUUUACGCGCAUUGCCACGCGAAGUCUUCAUGAAUACGCGUCUGGAGUAUUUGGAUAUAUCAGAGAACCAGUUGUCCGUAUGGCCAGUGCCCGCCUUCUCUGAUGUCGGCUUUACGCUGCGCAGCAUACAGAUGGCGCAGAAUGCGUUGGAGUAUUUGGACUCUAGCAUGUUUGUGAACUCACAGUUUCUGUACGACAUCAAUCUGGCUUGCAAUCGCAUCACUGUGCUGCCAGACAACACCUUCACCUUCCUCAAUAAUCUCACCAAUUUGGAGCUGUCACAGAACCCACUUGUGACCACCAAUCUGAAAGAGGUGUUUCUGCAUACGCCUCGCCUGCGACGUCUCAAAAUACGUCGCAUGGGUCUCUACAUUCUACCACAACUCAGUCUGCCAUAUCUGUCACAUCUCGAUGUCAGCGGAAAUUAUCUGCAAGAGCUCUCCUCGCUGCACGAGAUGCGUCAGCUGCGUCACGUGAAUGUCUCCCACAAUAAAAUCGUUAACGCCAGCAGCGUUGCCGAACAUCUACCGACAUCGGUGCGUGUGCUCGAUCUGGCGCACAACCCGUUGCGGCGCAUUACCGCGCACGAUCUCGCCGCCUUGCGUCACCUCACCGAUCUCAAUCUGCUCGACGUGAAGGUUGUCAACCCGUCGGUCUUUAGUAAACUACGCUCUUUGCGUAAAUUGCAUUUGACGUCACAUCAGAAUUUGGGUGAGCUCGUGGCGCGCAUACCGGGUCUACAGGAAUUACGCAUCCAUUGCAUGGAGACGAAUAUUGGUUCGCAGCUCUUUGCGAAGCUGCUGAACAAUACCAAAUUACAGCUGCUAGAAUUGUAUGGCAGCAAUGUGCAGACAAUAGCGCCGGAUGCGCUCGCGGGUUUGGCACGCAAUCAACACUUGUUGGUAAAGAUCUCACAUACUAAAAUCUCCGAUUUGCCACCGGGCAUUUUUUAUACGCUACGCGCUGUGCCACAGCUCUCCAUCGAUAUCUCCAAUAACAAAAUCAAUGCGCUAGCGGCGGAUAGCUUCUAUCCGAACAAGACCUACUGGGAUACGGUGGGCACGCGCAGCAUUAUCGGCGGUCUGGACACGUCCAACAACCCGCUUGAGUGUGAGUGUGGCCUGGUGUGGUUCGGCCAUUGGCUGCGGCGUUGGCUGCGCGAAUCCGCGCAGAUUAAAGUGAUACAGAAGGACGAGAUGAAGCGUAUGGUGCAGUUACCGCUACCCGCACACGUUUUGCGCCGUGCGCGCUCCAACACGUGUCACGAUCCGACUACAGGUCGUCGUCUGCCCAUCCUCGAGAUAUUUCCCGAAGAUCUGCUGUGCCAAGCGAGCGCACUCAGCAGUUCAAGUGAACGUCUCUUUCUGCUCUCAUUUGCAGCGAUUGUCUUGCCGCUCUUCACAAUGUCACUUUGAUAAUUGGAAGCUUAGAGUCGCUAAUGUGUAAAGUACUAUAAUUAAGAGUUGCCAUAUAAAACUAAAAUAUAUUAUAUGAUAAUAUACUUUAAACUGGAAUGGUUCUUGCUUUAACUGUUGAAAAUGGAUGGAGUUUGAAAACUAAAAUAUUGUUAGCUUGAAAAAUAUGUAAAUUACUGUAAAUUUACGUAAGAAAAGUGUUAAUGAUAUUAUGUAAGAAAUGUAAAUUUGAUAGUUCUAAGUAUAUAGUGUUGCUAUAUAAGUAAAAUUUUAAGCCACACAUUUAUUAGACAUUUUUUUAUUUACACUAAUUUUCGGUUUUUGUAGUAGAAAGGCAUUAAAUACAGGCAAAUAUGUGCUGGCAAGUGAAAAGAGCUUUAGACGAAAAGUUAAGUGAAAGCACAGGAAACAUUUUUUUCCAAUAUUUCUCAAAUCGACUUAAACCAUUUUGACUUGCCAGUACAAUAUUUUGUCAAUAAAAAUAUGAUUUCGAUAUUUAAAAUAGCAUAUAUUAUAUGAAAUAACUGCGCAGCAGGUGGCAACUAUAAUUCCUGUUGAUUCCUAAACUAGUAAUUUUUUACUAACAACUAAUUGAUAUAAUAUAACAGAAGCGUUUAGCGUGAAACAAGGCGAACUUGUUAUAUUUAGUAAUAGUUAUUUGAAACAGGACAGCAAAUUUAGUGAGAAUAAGGUAAAACAAAAGAGAGUUAGCGAUGGGUCGUUAGAGAGCACUAUGUAGGCAAAAAGAGUACUUCCGUUUGAGCGAAUCUUUCUCUAUAACACACAUAUAUAAUACGAGAGAUCAAAAGAGGGUAAAUCUUUUACAAUGAGAAGAGAGAGAGAGAGCAGCAAAACAAAUGUAGAAUAUAAUACCCCGGAACAUAAUUGUAUCAUGAUAUUGUUAGACUAUUUUUUAGCGUCAGGUGAUAAAAAUCUAAAAAAUAUUAAUUUAUUAAAAUUACAUAUUCGUUUUGUAAAAUUAAAACGUAUUUAUGCAGCGAUUCUCAAUACCUACAUAUUGAGUAGAAAAGUAAUUUUUCGAAGUUAGCCUUGAUUUUAUUUCGAAUUUCGAAAUUUGGCGUACUGGAGACAUACAUAUUAAGCUUUCACUUUAAAAUGUUCAGGAGAGGAGAGUGCGAAACAGACAGAGAAAUU